AUGAACAUUGACAUACUGACAGAGGCGCUAGAGCUGCUAUACGAGGACUCUGAAGUUGCGAAAAGACGGAUGGAGAGCGCUGGAAUUAGCACAGAUCAGUCAAGCUCCCCGGAGCGGGAUGCAACCCUUUAUGAGAAGAACAGUUCGACCCGCAGCGAUGACGGCCAUGGUCGGAUUCCAUCAUAUUCUAGGCUUCCUAAUUCUAGUUAUAGGGCCGCCUUGUGCCGUUUCCCCAGCGACAACCUUGCCUCAAGUCCCCCGACCACUAGCGCCAGCUACGGUACCCCUUCCUUUACGUCGUAUAACGCGAAUCCGAUAACCAGGGCUAACCCUAUCUUCCCUGGUCCUGCAGAACCUCCAAGGAAUGUGGCCAUCACCAGUGUACCGACGAAAUAUCCUCUUCGUGAAAGAGCCGACUCUGCCAUAUCAGUUCCAGACGCGGAUGUAGAUCCAGGGGGAGCGGGAAGCAGACUACAAGUUACGUCCGGGUCGACUAGUACCCGACGGCAAGAUCGGACGUAUCGCGACAGUCGACGAAGCAUGUCCCCUGAAGACAAGGCUCUGCAGGGGCAACCCCAACGCCCGGCGGCAAAGAGCGAGAGGUACGGUGGGCACCCACCCCGACGGCCAGAACCCAGAGAAGAUCGAGGUCAAAAGCGACCGAAGUAA